CAGGACUAGCCAGCGGCGCCUAUAUGGCGCGCCUAUCUAGCCGCCACACCAUCGAUGACGCGUCGUACAGUACAGGCCGCGGUGGGGAAGUGGUUAUGAUAAUACGACUUUUUUAAGUCUUCUCUAACGCAAACCGCUGCCGUCACACUUCGCGCGCGAGAUCAGUGGAUGGAAACUGACGCAUGCGCAUUUGAGAGCUACAAGACCCCACCCACUUUGGCCGGCCGACCUGGCCUGCAAUGGCUGCCGCGAGGAGAGGUAUCAACUACUUUGCGAUAAGCGGAUGACAAAGACCAGAGCGUAGGAAAUAACAUAGUGGUUCGCAGAGGACCUUUAAGACUCUAAGCAACUUGAAUCUGCCUAAGAGUGUGACCCAAAGUUGAAGGUAGUCCAGAUAUCCGGCCGUAAAGACGGGAGUCGCUUGAGCAAGCAAUAACACAGGACCAGCUGCGAUCAUUUCUUGCAGAGAGUCUGAUCAUGAAGGACUUUCAGCAUCCUCACAUUCUCGGUCUCCUGGGAGUGUGUUUCGACACUCCCGACAAUUCUCCUUACAUCAUCCUACCAUUCAUGGCCAAUGGAUCUGUCAAGAACUUCCUUAGAGCAAAGAGAGUCCACCCAACCAACUUUGAUGAUUUUCCUGUUGGGUUAACAUUUGGGGAUCUGGUCCGGAUGUGCAUGGAGAUAGCUGAAGGAAUGAAGUAUCUGACUGAUAACAAGUUUGUUCAUCGCGACCUGGCAGCACGCAACUGCAUGGUGAAUGAAGAGGGUAUGGUGCUAGUAGGAGACUUUGGGCUGGGCACGAGAUGUGUACAAUAUAGAGUACUACAGAAGUGGAGGAAAUACUAGACUCCCAGUGAAAUGGAUGCCUCCAGAGACAAUGAAUGAUGGAAUCAGCAAUGAAAAGACAGAUGUUGUAAGCAUCAUUCUUCACCAGCUUUGAUCUCUUACGGUAUACCAUUGUUAUCGCUCUUCAUCAAGAUUUGUUUAUUUUCAAAGUGAAAGUCCAUUAGCUUAACACUCUUGGGAAUAGCAACAUCUCUUUUAUCAUGAAACAAGGAGUGGAAAUAAUUUUAACAGACAGACAAGAGGUAGAGGAAACGAAAAUGCACG